UUUUGCCCUCCUUCCCUUUCACACUUGCUCUUUCUUAGCUGUGCCAUUAUACCAUCUGGUCAGGAAUAGAUACCAUUUAUAACCAGAGCUACUUUCCAAUUCUUGAUCUUCUUGCAUCGAACUAAUCUGGGUCUUUGUUCCAUUUUUUAUACUCGUGUUGACUCUGGAACUUUUUCUUUACCCUUCACUUGGAUUACUGAGAUAAUUGAAAUCUGAUUUUGGAUUAGUUAGAACCAGUUCAAACAAGUGGUUGUUUGAACUUUGAGGCAAUUUUAAAACAAAAAUACGACUUGUUGCAAUUAGUGUUGAACUGGUGCUGGAUCUCAUUUUGGAUCAAUUGCUUGCAGCUGUGUAAGAAGUUCUUUCUGCUCUGGAUGUUCUAGUCAAAGUAGAUCAGUUGGAAAAUGUCGAGGGGAAGAGGUGACGGGAGCCAAAAUAAAAGGUUAAUAGGCUCAAUCUUAGUUUUGGUGAUCAUUUGUGGUUUGUUGUAUGUAUAUUCUGGAAGGAGUGGUUCAUCUGCCCUGGAAUAUGGCGGUAAGUCAUUAAGAAAGUUCAGCUCUUAUUUGGGAUCGGAGGAAGAUGUUGAGGAGUCUUCCCCAAUUCUUGGUGAAGAUGGAGACGUUGGUUUUAUACCAAAGAGCUUUCCUGUUUGUGAUGAUCGUCAUUCGGAGCUCAUUCCUUGCCUAGACAGAAACCUUAUUUAUCAAUCGAGGUUGAAGCUGGAUCUUUCUUUGAUGGAACACUAUGAAAGACACUGCCCACUUCCCGAAAGGCGAUUUAAUUGUUUAAUCCCUCCACCACCUGGAUAUAAGAUUCCAGUCAAGUGGCCUAAAAGCAGAGAUGAGGUAUGGAAAGCAAAUAUCCCACAUACCCACCUUGCAACCGAGAAGUCUGACCAGAAUUGGAUGGUUGUAAAAGGUGAAAAGAUUGUAUUCCCCGGAGGAGGAACUCACUUCCACUAUGGAGCUGACAAGUACAUUGCAUCAAUUGCUAAUAUGCUCAACUUUCCCAAUGAUAACAUUAACAACGGAGGCAAGAUUCGAACUGUCCUUGAUGUUGGUUGUGGUGUGGCUAGUUUUGGAGCAUACCUUCUUUCUUCAGAUGUUAUUGCCAUGUCCUUAGCACCCAAUGAUGUUCACCAAAACCAGAUCCAAUUUGCCUUAGAGAGAGGAAUUCCAGCAUAUCUUGGUGUCUUAGGGACCAAGAGACUCCCUUACCCGAGUAGAUCUUUUGAGUUUGCACAUUGCUCACGUUGUAGGAUUGAUUGGCUUCAAAGGGAUGGCAUCCUUCUUCUUGAACUAGAUAGGUUACUUAAACCAGGAGGUUACUUUGUCUACUCUUCUCCUGAAGCCUAUGCACAGGAUGAAGAGGAUCUAAGAAUAUGGAAAGAGAUGAGCACCCUCGUGGAGCGCAUGUGUUGGAAAAUAGCUGCAAAAAGAAACCAAACUGUUAUUUGGGAAAAGCCUUUGACUAAUGAUUGUUACAGGGAAAGAAAGCCCGGUACUCUUCCUCCAGUAUGCAAAUCUAAUGAUGAUCCAGAUGCUGUGUGGGGUGUGAAUAUGGAGGCUUGCAUCACCCCAUACUCUGAACAAAACCAUAGAGCAAGAGGAAGUGGUUUGGCUCCUUGGCCUGCCCGACUGACCACUCCACCUCCCCGACUAGCCGAUUUUGGCUACUCCAGUGAUACGUUUGAAAAGGACACGGAAGUUUGGCAGCAAAGAGUUGAGGAUUACUGGAAUCUAUUGAGGCCGAAAAUUGAGUCCAAUACCCUAAGGAACAUCAUGGAUAUGAAGGCACACAUCGGUUCUUUUGCUGCCGCUUUGAAAGACAAAGAUGUGUGGGUCAUGAAUGUCGUUCCAGAGGAAGGACCUAACAAACUCAAAAUUAUAUAUGACAGAGGUCUUAUAGGCACGGUUCACAGCUGGUGUGAAGCCUUCUCAACCUACCCAAGAACUUAUGAUUUGCUUCACGCUUGGACCGUCUUCUCUGACAUUGAAAGGAAGAAAUGCAGUGCUGUGGAUCUGAUGAUCGAGAUGGACAGGAUUCUGAGGCCCAAAGGCUUCAUCAUUAUCCGUGACAAGCCGAGGGUGGUGGAGUUCGUCAAGACCUACUUGAAAACACUGCACUGGGAAAUAGUAGCUACAGCUGAAGCAUCUCAAGAUUCGGAGCAAGGCGAAGAUGAAACAGUAGUUAUCAUCCAAAAGAAGAUGUGGCGCACAAGUGAGAGCGUGAGGGACUCUGAAUAGAGAAGCAAAGUCUUUCCUCAAGUCCUUCCAAUGAUUGGUUUAGGUGAUACUACUGGCUAUUUAUAUGAUUUUGUAGCAUUUUGGCUCUUUAGUUUUUUGCUUUAUUUAUUUGAGUCGACACAGAGCUCACCCAAUAGCUUAUUCAAAUUUCAAUGUGUUCAUUAUUAAUUUGGUAACUGUAAGAAAAAUCACUUUAUACCUCAGAUUGGCAUAAAGGAGAACAUGUUCGAAAUAAGGAUAUUGGCAAUAUGAUUUAAAUUUCAAAGAGA